UAACAUAACCUGUAUUAUAAGGGAUUAUGUGGGAAGAAGUAGAUUGAAAACAAAAAUAAAAAAGAAGUUGUUAAAUAAAAAUUAUCACUCAAUUAAUAUAGUUUUACCAUCAAAUAUGAUGUCAAUUACUGGGACUAUACUUCGUAUUGAAAGACAUAUAAAUUAUAUAACAAUUAAUGGAUUUCACCAGUCUUGUGUACAACAUUUGAACCAAAAAUGGCGAGAAAAACGUGGAUUAACAUCAAAUCCAAAUACUUUUGGCCCAUUGACAAAUUUACCUGAUUAUACAUUUAAAGAUGGAAAACCUACACCUCUUGGGAUAAGAGCAAAAGCACGUUUAGAGAAACAAAGUGAAUAUGCAGUAAAAAUUAUUAAAUUAGUAGGAGAGGUAGAUCAUGCAGUAGAAAGACAUGCUAAAUUACAGAAAGAGAAUGAACAAAGAAGACAACAAAUCCUUGAUAAUAAAUUGAAACCUAAAGGAGAUUUAUUACUUGAAAACCCAGUAAAUAAGGUAAAAGCAUAGAUUUUGUAAUUAGGAAGUAAUAUACUUAAAUAUAAAUAUUAUAUAUGAUUGUG